AUGGAGCUUAACAGCUUCCACCGCUCUUCUUCCCUCUUCUUCCUCCUCUCAGUGGUGGUUAUUUUCCCGGCAACGGUGACUUCAAUCGGCGUGAACUACGGCCAAAUCGGAGAUAACCUUCCGUCACCAGAAGACGUAGUUCCGCUAGUGAAAUCAAUCGGAGCAACUAAAGUGAAGCUCUACGAUGCAAACCCCCAGAUCCUCAAAGCCUUUGCCGGCACCGGCGUCGAGUUCAUCGUCGGACUCGGAAACGAGUAUCUCCCCAAAAUGCGAGACCCAUCCAAAGCUCUAACCUGGAUCAAACAGAACGUGACUCCAUUUUUACCGGCGACGAACAUCACCUGCAUCACCAUCGGAAACGAAAUCCUCGCUCUCAACGACUCUUCUCUCACCGCCAGCCUCCUCCCGGCGAUGCAAGGAGUCCACUCCGCUUUAGUCACCGCCGGACUCUCCGACCGCGUCGCCGUCACCACCGCACACUCCCUCUCCAUCCUCCAAACCUCAUUCCCUCCUUCCGCCGGCGAAUUCCGUCCAGAUCUCAUCGAUUGCCUCAAACCAAUCCUCGAGUUCCACCGGAAAACAGACUCUCCGUUCUUAAUCAACGCGUACCCUUUCUUCGCCUACAAAGGAAGCCCUAAAGAGAUCCCUCUCGACUUCGUCCUCUUCCAGGCCAAUCAAGGAGUCGUGGAUCCGGCCACCGGAUUACACUACGACAACAUGCUGUUCGCUCAGAUCGACGCGGUUUACUCUGCUUUAGCGGCGGCGGGAUACAAAUCUCUCAAGGUUCAGAUAUCGGAGACGGGAUGGCCGUCGAAAGGAGACGCCGACGAGUUCGGAGCUACGCCGGAGAACGCGAAGAAGUAUAACGGAAACUUGAUAAAGCUGAUGAUGGGUAGUAAAAAGACGAGAACGCCUCUCCGACCAAACAACGAUCUUAGCGUCUAUGUAUUUGCUCUGUUCAAUGAGAACAUGAAACCUGGUCCGACGUCGGAGAGGAAUUACGGGCUGUUUAAGCCUGACGGGACUCAGGCUUACUCGCUUGGAUUCACUCUAAACGACGUCGUGAGAGGGGCUAGUGGCGGUGAUAGUGGUGGUGGUAAUAGUAGCAGCGUCGGAGGAGGAGGAGGGGGAAAAACACCGGUUCCUUCUCCGGUGACGCCGGUUUCGCCGGAUAGUGCGUCGACCGGUUACUUGGCAAUUUCGUCUGCUCCGGUAAGAUUCUUCGCAUUUUUCUUUUUUCGUUAA